AUGCAAUCCAGGAGAUCAGUUCGAAGAAAAAUUCAAAAAGAGUUAGAUUCUUUACAGUGUAUUAAAAUAUGUACUGCCAAUAACAAUGAUUUCAUCGAAAGAGAAGAUAGCAUAUUUGUCAAUUCGCUUUAUAUCCCUUCAACUAGCACAGAAAAAAAUUCUCAAUCUAUACAGGAAACUUCCAUUUCUUCAUUUCAUAAUGUUCCAAAUAUUGUAGAAAUCAAUGUCAAUGAAAACUGUAAUUUAUCUAAUGCAGACCAGUCUAAUAAUAAUUCAAUAAAAAUACCUUCUAGUUAUAAUAAAGAAAGUAAUAAUAGUAUAAGUGGUAGUAGUAUUAAAGAUGAUUUAUGUAAAUGGAUAAUUGAGUGCAAUAUUCCCCAAAGCACUGCAAGUAUUUACCAUGGCUAUACUAAACCUAAGGACAGCAAUGAUUUUCUUGUUGAUUUUAUAUCAGAAGCUAAAGAACUUGUUACCAAUGGUAUUAGUUUGAAUAACUGUAAUGAAUCUGUUCCCGAAACAUGGCACCGAAAAAAAGAUAAAACAUGUGCUUGGCCAAUUGUAUCAAAGAAGUCAAAAAAAUUUAUUGAAAAAAAAGAUUAUCCAGAUGAAAAAAACUAUCAGUGGUUACCUGCAAGGAUGCUUGGUCGAAAGUAUGGGUCUUUAGAAGAAGCACGGAUGAAAACAAACCGGACACAAUUCUACUCAGAUUUGUCUGCAAAUGAAGAUUUAAAUGCUCAACGCCUGUUAAAAUCAAAAAGUAUAAUGGAAAGUCCCCCUUCGUUAAGACUAAAAAAAAUUAAAAAAACUGUUGAAAACACUGGUGGUUUUGAUGAUGAAUCAGAUAUUGAAGAUGGUCAUGAUUCUGAUAAAGACCCUGACUAUCAUAAAUCAAUCAUUGUAAAUGUUCCAUCAGUAUCACAAACAAUGACUAAUCGUAAUGACAAGUAUGUUAUGAAUUCUCCAAUUGGGAAAGUUUUGAUUGAAGAAACUAGUCCAUCUAUUAUGUCUUCUAUGCCUCGAAAACAACCAUUAAUUGAAUCCAUUACUUUGCCAUCACCUCAACGUUCAAACACUACACCAUCAUCAAAUCCUAAAAAAAGAGUUUUAUUUUCAACUGUUGGGUCCAAAGGGUCAAAUAAUCGUUCAUCUAAGUAUAAUACAGAAUUGUAUGGUAUGUCUUAUACAGGUAUGUGUAUUACUAUGUUGUAUAGAAUGUAUCAAUGAAGUAUAUUUAAGAAUCA